CUCACCUCCCAGUCUCCCACCCACCUCGCCCCCCUCUCUCUCUAUCUCUUUCUCUCUGCUCCCAUCAAGUCUUUGUGUGAUGGGAGAGAGAAUUCCACCUGGGAGUUACUUCCAGUAUCCUCCUCCUGCAGUCCCUGCUUCUCCUAUAAGGUCUACUUCACUCCCUUCAGAUCGAGAAAGAUACUUGGCUGAAUUACUAGCAGAGAAGCAAAAGUUGGGACCAUUUCUGCAAGUUCUGCCCUUAUGUAGCAGGCUUCUAAAUCAAGAAAUCAGACGGGUUUCUGGCUUCAAUCAAAGUUUUCUGGAUCAUGAAAGACUUGAGCAUGAGAGCCCACUUAGGUCAUUAGGUCAACCUCCCAAUGGUAGACCGAUGGAUUUGGAGGGAUGGCCCACAAUGCAAUUAGAGGAGAAUGGACAUAUUCAAAGAAUAGCUCCAUUUCAAGCUCCUCCAAUGGGUUGGGCUGGGGCACAAGGAAUUCCAACCACUCCUGUUGUAAAGAGAGUUAUUAGACUUGAUGUUCCUGUAGACAAAUAUCCAAGUUAUAAUUUUGUCGGCCGGAUUUUGGGACCACGUGGGAACUCACUGAAAAGAGUUGAAGCCAUGACAGAAUGUAGGGUGUACAUAAGAGGCCGAGGCUCUGUUAAGGAUUCUGUAAAGGAAGAGAAAUUGAAGGAUAAACCUGGAUAUGAGCACCUUAACGAGCCGCUGCACGUGUUGGUGGAGGCUGAAUUUCCCGAGGAUAGUAUAAAUACUCGCUUGGAGUAUGCAGUGCAAAUAUUAGAAAACCUUUUGAAGCCUGUGGAUGAAUCCUUGGAUCAUUAUAAGAAGCAACAACUCAGGGAACUGGCUAUGCUGAAUGGUACGCUAAGGGAAGAAAGCCCGAGUAUGAGCCCUAGCAUGAGCCCGAGCAUGUCGCCCUUCAACAGUACAGGAAUGAAAAGAGCAAAGACGGGAAGAUAACACUACGAUGUGGAUGAUGUGCCAUUGUUUGAUUUGCCGAAUUAUUGGCAUGUGAUUGGUCAAUGACCUGAUGGCAGAACCUUGGGAUGCAAUGUUUACAACUGGCUACUUGAACUCCUGAGGUAAUUUUGGGCUCUGAUUGCUUGGCAUGGCAGAUGGAUUAACUGCUUCAUUGAUUUUUGAACAUUUGCUUCACACCCACUAUGAUUUAUAUUCUUUCAUGUAUCACUAAUUUUGAACAUUGAAGACCCUUUCCAUUAUUUAACUUGUAACCAUCCCCCCCUAUUCAAUUAAUCUGUAUUCUGCUAGCUGCUGAGUCAUGUAACUCAAAUGUACUUGCAGAUUCUUUUUCAAUGACAUUUCUAUUAUAUUAUCUUGCCUAUGCUGAUAUGGGAAUAC